GGGCGGGCGGGGAGGGGCCGCCCUGGCCAUGGCCUUGGGCUUGGCCGCGGCUCCCUGCUAGGGGGAGGGGAAGGUUCGGGGCCGGUGCUGCAGCCCGGUGACAGAUGGCCGAAGGGAGCCGCCCGGACAGCCGCCUCGCUGGCCCCGGGUCCCGGCCGAGGGAUCCUGGCCACAGCCUGGAAACCCAGCCCGGCGGCUGGAGGGGGGCCCCCUUCGGAGCCACGGAUGGCAACGCAGGUCCUAAUCUGAAGGAGUGGCUUCGGGAACAGUUUUGUGACCACCCGAUUGAGCACUGUGAGGACACCCGCCUGCACGACGCGGCCUACGUGGGCGACCUCCAGACCAUCCGCAGCCUGCUGCAGGAGGAAAGCUUCCAGAGCCGGAUCAAUGAGAAAUCAGUCUGGUGCUGCGGCUGGCUUCCCUGUACCCCACUGCGCAUCGCGGCCACUGCAGGCCAUGGGAACUGUGUGGAUUUCCUGAUUCAGAAGGGGGCUGAGAUUGACCUUGUGGAUGUGAAGGGACAGACUGCCUUGUAUGUGGCAGUGGUUAAUGGGCAUCUGGAAUGUGCCCAGAUCCUCCUGGAAGCUGGGGCCGACCCCAAUGGCAGCCGACAUCACCGCAGCACCCCGGUGUACCACGCCUCCAGGGUGGGGAGAGCCGACAUUCUGAAGGAGCUGAUCAGGUAUGGGGCAGAUGUGGACGUCAACCACUACCUGGCUCCUGGGAUGCCUCCCCCUUCUUCCCGACGCCUCACUUCCCUCGUGGUCUGUCCGUUGUACAUCAGCGCAGCCUACCACAACCUCCAGUGCUUCAAGCUGCUUCUUCAAGCUGGAGCCAACCCUGAUUUCAACUGCCACGGCCCUGUCAAUGUCCAGGGCUUCUGCAGGGGCUCUCCUGUCUGUGUCAUGGAUGCCGUUCUGCGUCAUGGCUGCGAGGCUGCAUUUGUUAGCCUGCUGGUCGACUUUGGUGCCAACCUGAAUCUGGUGAAGUGGGAAGCCUUGAAUGCUGAGUCAAGAGGAAGAGUGAAAGUGAACCCAGAGGCUUUGCAGGUUUUCAAAGAAGCCAGGAGUGUCCCCAGGACCUUGCUGUGCCUGUGCCGGGUGUCUGUGAGGAGGGCCCUCGGCAAGUGUCGGCUGUACCUUAUACCUUCUCUCCCCCUCCCUGACUCCAUCAAACAGUUUUUACUUUAUGAGCAGAGUUAAGAUGCAGGGCAUGAUUAAUUGGAUGCUUUUCAAGGAGGAAAGCAGGUGAUCUAAAGAACCAAAUUGGUGUCUAUUCAUUACUGUCCAUCUCACACCCUGAACUGUUAAGGAAUGUCCCAAGUAUCUGUUGGUAAAGAGAUUGCCUUGGUUAUUACUGAUGUUAACCAGCUCUGGUGCUUUUGUCAAUAUGCUGUAUUUUGUGAAGGAUCUCUCAACUGACUUUGAUCUAGCCUUGGCUUAUUUUCAAUGGUGGGGCUAUUGCAAUGUUUUCUUUUCCCUUGAUAUCCCUGUGUGGAAUUUUCAUAGCUGAGAUGUUAUAAUACCUGCGAAUAAUCAGAAUGGGGAUGGAAUGUGUUUCCAGGGUAUAGGUCAGCUUCCAGAGGUCAGCUAAUGUCUCCGUAAGGAUAGUGUAAUUAGCGACCUCAUGGUGUAUAUGCUUCUGUAUAAAUAUUUAUAUUUCUAAAGUGAAAUAUUUACUUCAAUAUCUGAUGGAUGCAAAUAAUUAAUUUUGGGAAAAUACAUUUAACCAAAGGUAAAUAUUAGUCAACAAGCAUUUAUUAAAUACCUACUAUGGGCCAGGCACUGUGUUAAAUGUUGAGAAUACAAAGAAAGACAAAAACAUUGUCUUUGCCCUCAAGACACUUAUAUUCUGAUGAGGGAGGUAACAUAAAGCUUAAGACAUGUAGGAUAUAGGCAGAAUAGGUCAAAGGUCAUCUUAGAGGGGAAGAACAGGCAAAAACAGGGCCUAUUGAUAUUCAUUGUCCUCUAUUAAGAGAUUAGCUGGCAUUUAGUAUUUAGAGGUGUGAUAUAUCACAAAUUCAAAGAAUCUGGGAGUUGUCAAGAACCUCAGUGGUCAUCUUGUGGGUCAUCCAACCCAUACCUGACAGUAUAACAUUCUCAACCAGUAUGGAUAUUUGUCUUCUCACAUAGUCAUCUAUACACACACUGGAAUUGCUUAUAAUCGCAGGCAAGGAUGUCAUGGCCCAGAUUAGGAGACAAAGAUCCAGAAAAAGGAAGAUGGUAUUUUCUUUAAACUCAGCCCUACUCAGAUCCGAUACGGAAUACUGGGUUCAGUUCUUGGGGAAAUAUUUUAAAAACAAGAUGGAUUGAGUGGGGAAUACUCAAAGGAGGGCAACCAAGAUGGAAGGGGCAUGGAUUCCAUGCCAUUUGACAACUAUUUUAAGGAAUUGGGGAUGUUCAGCUGGAAAAGGAAGCCUUAGGGAGGACAUGGAAAUGGUCUUCAAGUAUUUGAACAGCUACCACAUGGAAGAAACAACGGACCUGUCCUCUUUGUCCAAACCAGGUGGUAGCUGAAGAGGUGAAUUUAUGGGAAACUUUGUAAGAAUGCAUCUGUUGCAAUGUGGAAGGGAGAGAGUUUCCUCUCAUCUGGGGUCUUCACACAGUGUCCCAAUGGCCAUGUUGGUUGGUGUUUUAAAUGGCUUUCCUUUUCAAAUGGGGGUUGGAUCAGACAGUGUCUCUAGCCCCUUCUCACUUUGACACUUUUUCCUUCUUCAUUCCUUCUCUUCCUUCUUUAUUGAGUCAGAUUAACUAAUUCUCUUUAGUCACUUCUUGUGUCCUUUCAAAGACCCUUCCUCAACUGCAUUUGUGUCAGGUUAAACCUUGACCUCGGUCUCCCCUGAAUCCACACGUGGAGUAAUUGCAAUCAUUGAAAUAUCAGUCCAAGUGUGAGAGCCUAGAGUGUCUCCCAGUUUCUCCACUUUCCAUCCCCUAGAUGAAGCAGUCUUCAAAAGAAGAUGGGUCAGUUUCAGAAGCUAUAACAAAACAAAUGAACCAAUAUUUAGUUAUUUAUUAAGCACCUGCUGCAUACAAGGCAUUGUGCUAAGUAUUAGGAAUAUAGAGACACCAAAGUGAAACAAUGCCUGCCCUCUAGGACUUUACAUUAUGUACCAGUCUACAGGCGGAAGAAGUGUUAUACCAACAGCGUUCACUGCCAUCACGUACAAGACAGUCAAGGGAUAAGCUUUGAUUAAUCACCUGCUGUGUGUCAGUGUUCAGGAUGCAAAGGCAAAAAUGAGAGUCCUUGUUCUCAAGGAGCACACAUUCUGUUGGGGGAUGGGGGUGGGGGAGAUAAAAGGUUUAAUGCUCUGUUGCAAAAACACCAAACACACACUUGGUCAUUUCAGCCAGAUGCGUGGGUACUUCUGAAUGCCUAGAUGUUUGGUGCUAGACACACAACCCUUCCGGAGAAUUGAUUGCAUUUGCUUUUUGGCUCUGACAUCUUGGUGCCCCCAGAGACAAGCUCACAGUAUUCCCAUGGCUCUAAAGCUGGCCGGGACCUCUGAGGUCUUCUACAAGGGCCAGGGGGGAAACUGAGACUGAGACCGAGAGGGGAGAAGAGAGUUGUCCAGAGUCACACAGUAUCACGAUAAUGACAUAGUACUUUCCGAUACAAAGCACUUUAUAAUAUAUACAUUAGUCCACAUGAUUAUCACAUCAGCCCACUGAGGUAUAGAGAUGGUACAGGGGGCACUUAUGCUUCACAUAUGAGGAAAUUGAAGUUCAGAGAACAUAAGUGACCUGUUUAAGGUCACAGAAGAAGCAAGUAUCAGGGCAGGAUUUGAAUACAAGCCUUUCUCACUGUGAAUCCCAAACUCAAGUGUCGUACUCUUUUGGGUUUAUUGAUGAUAAUUCAGAGAUGGCCUGGCUACUUAGCCUCAGAGGUCCUUUCCAGCUUUGAGAUCCUGUGAUUUUCUGGCCUCCAUUGCUAUCCAUGCAUUCUCAGGUGUCCUCCUUUCCUUGGGCACCUUUGAAUCUCUGAGGCUGGGACUUCUCAGCACGAAAGCAAAUGGUGAUUUAUUCAAUCAAUCCAAUGAGAGGGAAAAAACCAGUCAAGCCAAUUAUUUGAUUGAAUUGGUCAGUCCAGCCGCGUAUAUGUAAAACUGAAAUUAAGUCCGAGCUUGUUGGCCAAAAGUCACAGGACCUCCCUGUACACAGCGUCUUCUUCUGACCCUGAUAUCUAUGAUCCUACCUUGGGAUUAGCUCAAUUCCAUCAACAAUUAUUAAGCACCUCUGAUACGUGUACCAGGAAGUCACCUUCAGAGGAGCAUAGGAUGCUUGAGAGUAGGGGCUGGACCCAGCACGAGAACAUGGCUAAGAAGCGCAGCAGUCUUUCCUCUAGACCCCGUUCUUCUCUGCUGACCUUCUCUUCUAGGUUACUUUGUCUUGACUUUGUCUCGAUUUUGUCUUAGUUAUCUGUGCCCUUAUUUCAUUGUUUCUGUUUCUCCCUAGUGAAAUGUAAACUCCUCAAAGACGGGAGCUUUUUUUUUGUCUCGGUUUCUCUGUUGCCUAGCACUAUGCCCAGCAUACAGUAGGUGAUUAAUAAAUAUCUGCCCAAUAAAUGAUUGGAUUUUCAGCAAGGACUCAGGAAGAAGAGAAAGAUUCAAUCCAACUGAACUCGUGUAAAAGCAAGAUACAGAGAGCAAAUUUGGAGGUGGGUCAGGGCCAUGGCUAGCUCAUUACCAGGUUCCUAAGUUUAAUUUCUGGGUUCUCAAGCAAAGUGUUGUGAGGGGCCCUUCUCCUAGCCUAGUCCCUUGUUACACAUCUCGGGCCCCAAUUCACCUCCGGUUUUCCAUAGAUUUCUGAUUUUCCCAUUGAAUGAAAUGUGAAGCAGGCAAAGCUCUGUGCUCUCCCAUCCCAGGCUGUGCAAAUAAACUGGAAACCAUUAAAAAUUUGCUGGUAGACCCACAUCCUCUUGUUUGUCAUGACUGUGAAUGAUAGUUUCUCAUGUGGAGGGAGAGAGAUUGAAGAGGCCCGAGAGAAGCCUGAGUGAACUGGCCACAUGUUAGAGAUCCAGGAGAGACCAGGCCUGGAGUGCCUGAAUUGGCUCAGCUGGACCACUGACCAAUCAGCUUGAAGGGGAGCUGGAGACCUUCCUUAGCACAUGCUUACGAUGGGCAUUAGAAAUGUACUGGGCAAUGACGGGGGUGCUAGGAAUCCAGGUUUUGGAAACUCAGGGUUUCACUGUGGCUAACUGAUAAAAGGGGGCACAGUCAGCUUCUUUUUAUUAUGUAAUUGUGUAGUGGUUAGGGAGCCAGCCCCAAAGUCAGGAAUUCCUAGAUUUGGUUCCUAUCUCUUAGAUACAGGGCUGGGAGACCCUGGGCAAGUCUCCUAACCUGUCUGUGCUCUAUGUAUCCCUCCAAGACUAGAAGUUGUAGAAGAAGUACCAGCCUGCAUUGAUAAAGGAAGUCUCCUUGUGUAGGAACCCCUAGACCAUUGGGACCAGAGGUCUGGCCCUGGGCUCUGUCCUUGUAUUGACUUUGGUCUGCACCUGUGGUUUCAUUGAUGUGUGGAUACCCCUCCCCUGACACAGAUUAGCCACUCAUCUGGACCUAUGGUCCAAGAGACUAGCCUGGGGCAUUGAGAUGAAGGAACUUGUCUAGGGUCAUUUACUCAGUAGUCAGAGGGAGGAUGGGGAUGGAAGGCUGGUUCUCUGUUCACAACAUCAGAUUCAAUUUACUUCUCUUUCCCCAAAUUCAUUCAUUCAUAUUCUUUCAACAAUUUUUUUAUUAAAACCCACCAAUUCUCAAACCCAAGGGCCCCACAAGCAUAGAUGGUGGGGUCCCUGGCUUCAGGCUAUUUGAAUUUUAUAGAAGGUUCCAGGCUUUGGGUGGCCAGCAGUCCAGCACCCCCUGCUCGCUUGGGAGCGAUUUACACCUCAUUACCUGUUUGGACAUUUGGGAAAUUUAAUUAAAAUUUUGACUUUUCAAAACUGUAGCCUUUUGUGAACCUGCCCAGACCCCAGUUAUUUUCCAGGUCUAUAAUGAUUGAUGCCAGAUAUGGUCAGCUUCUGUGACUGAGUGAAAUGCCAGCUUGUAAAGGUGUUUAUUCCUUACAGAUUGUAAGCUGACAAAAUAAAAGGGUGAUGGUGAGAGGGGGAGGAAUGAAACAUGAGUAGAUGACAUGGCCAAGGAAUCGGAAGACAGAGACUCCAAACUAGAAGGGAACCCAGAGACUAACUGAUCCAUGCCAGACUCGAAUAAGGGCCCCCUCUGCCACACUCCAGACUCUGAUCCUGAAUCCAUGCUCUGCCAAGUGCAAUCCCUGGGAUCUUGGGAAAACCAUGCUACCUUGUUGACACUCAGCUUUCUCGUCUGUGAAAUGGGGAUAACAAUACUUAUCAUAAGAUAAACGUGAUGGUGUGUAUGAGAAUUCUUUGUGAACCAGAAAUGGCGAGGUAGACGUCAGCUGCUGCUGUCAGUGGUGGUGCUGGUGCUGGUGUUAACCUUUUCUAUGAGAGGAUAAUAGUGCCAGAAAUAACUCAUGUUUUUGAGGAAAACCGGGUGCCCAAUUGUGCCUCGGUGGAGCCCAGACCGUGGAGUCUCUGUGGAUGGAGCUUGCAUGUUUCCAUAGCAUUGGAGGCUUUAGAUCAGGGAGGUCCUUAGGGGGAAACCUGUCACUUUACAGAUGAGAAACUGAAAGAGUACAUGACUGACCCAAGGUCACACAGCCCUUGUGUCUCAAGGCUUGAACCUAGGUCUUUCUGACUGAGGCCAGAUCUCUGUGACCCCAUCUGACUUCCUCAUGAUUAUUAUUAUUAAUAUCAUUGAACCUCAUAACAGCCCUAGGAGAUGGGUGCUUUAUUAUCCCCCUUCUGCAGAUCAGGAAACUGAGGCUUGGGGAGGCUUAGAACUUGCCCGUGGUUGCCUGGCUAGUCAGGGUCAAAGGAGGGUUGAAUGCAUGGCUCUGGUUUCCAAGUGCAGCCGUCGAUCAGCCCUGUAAGAUGCACUGCCCCAAGUUACUUGUGGAGAAGUAUAUAAAUAGUCAAGGGAAGUGUAGACUGCCCCGACCAUGUGAUUUUUCCCAGAUGGAUCUCACCUAACACGUGCGGGUACCCAGUGUGGUCACUCUUCAUCUCCUCGUCUUCUGAUGGGGACCAGAUCUUACAGAUAAAUAAAAUGACCACCCUUUCAGCUGGUGAUGGAGAUCUCUGAUGCUACUCCCCUUCUGUUAGACACAGGCCCUAUCCUAUGGAACGAUAAUCUCUCCUGGGAAUGUGGCCUGAGCAGGAGGGCCUCCAUCUUUGCAUGUGACGCUCCUGAGGCAGAAUCCUCUAUAUGGAGCUAGAGAGAGCUCAGAGGCCACCGAGCCCAACCAUCUCAUUUUUCAGAAAAGGAAACUGAGUUCUGUGCGUUGAUGCUCAUGCUGAGUUUAUACUCCACACACUGGUAUUGAUAACUUGAUUUGGACAUCAGUACCAUGCAGGUAUCCCCAGCUGGGCCGAGAGAUGAUUUUUAGUGGUACUCUGGCUGGCACCAGGGUCUUAGGCCAAACUGCAAAGUUUGUAAAGUUUCUGAACUCCACACAGAACUAAGGUAGGGCAUGUAGCACUUUACCCAGGGGUGCCAACAUUUAGAACAUACCACUGACAUUUAAUUCCUUUGGAAGGUAGAAACAACUGAGUUUGGGUUCACUUAGCAAGAAUAAUUAAGCUAUUAACCAAGCAAGGUGGAGUCUCCUCCUUCUCGCUUCCAGGCUUGCUCUUGCUCUGCUCCAUUCACUCCAUCUGUUUUACCCCUGGGUGUCCUGGGGUCUCUGUCUAUCUAGCACCUUAGUUCUUCUGUCUGAGGCCACCACAUAAGGUUUCUCUUUCCACAACUGGAUUUCUAAAAGAUAUUGAUUGGGAAGCUAUUAGGCCAGGGUUCAUUUUAUAAUUCUUGUCUAGGUCCCAGUAAUGGAGCUGUGACUUUGCCCCUGUCCCCAUCUCCCCUCUAAUGUCCGGCCCCAAAUGCCAACUUCUGGUCAGCCAGAGAUGACCCCCUCCCCCAUAUCUGCACUUCCCUGAGGUGCCCUGGUUUCCACCAGUAACCUUUCCUGGUCUCAAGCUCCCAGCAUGGAGGGCAGCUGCCUAAUUCAGAUACCUCAAUACAGUCCAAUUCAGUGAGCAUCUAUGAAGUACUUACCAUGUGUUAGUCACUACGCUAAGUUCUUGAAACACCAAGAAAAAUUCUGCCAACCCUACCCUCAAAAGCAGGGAUUAUUUGACUUUUUGGGGGGAAGAAGGGGAUCAAGGAGGCUUUCCAGAGAGGGGCAAGUGAGCUGAAGCCUGGAGGAAGUCAAAGAUUCUCAGAGGCACAAGUAAAUGAACAAGCAUCUAUUAAGCACAUACUCUGUGCCACUGUGCUGGGCCCUGGGGAUACGCUGACAAAAAGGCAUCAGUGCCUGCCCUCAAGGAGCUUCUGUUCUAUUGGGAAAAUGUUGCAUGUUCUCAGAGAAGUAAGUACAAGGUAAGGGCCAAAGAUGUAGAGAUGGAAAAGUUGUGUGACCUUCUCCUGAAGGUGAUGGGGAGUGGGAGGGGAAGGGAAGCUCAGAAUACCUUGGAUUAGGAAUUCUGGGAAGUGAAGUUCUUCUGUGUAUGGCUUAUUAUUGCCUUCAAAUAAAUUUGCCACCUCUCUGCAAUGUACAAGCCCCUUCCCUUCUAUUAAGGGUCUGAUCAGAGGGAAUCUUAGGGGUGUGGCCUGUCAAAGUAAGAUCGUGGGUGCCCUGAUUUCAGGAAAGUGUGCUUAAACACAUCUUCAUUAUAUAUCAUUGUAAUUCAUUGUAACAAGUAUUGCAUCUGUGUGAACGCAUACUCUGUACUCUCCUAUUUGCGUAGCCCUCAGUGCUGGGUCUGCUGUGUUCCUCGGGCAAAUGAGAUAAUCCCAAGAUAAGACAAUUGGCCAGAAGGAAUGACCAUUGGGUGAAUGCCCCUUCAUUCUGCUGAUUAACCUGCAUUUCCUGGGCCUUCAUCCUCACUAUUUCUUGUACCCAGUUCAGAAGGGCCAAGCUGACUGUGCUGUGUGCUAAUGUGCUGUCACCUCAAUAAAGGUUGUGUUUCCCUCAC